AUGUCUACGAAUCAGCCUUCCGACGAUCUAGUGAAGGAAGCAAUCAAGUCUGAAGACGCUGCGAGCGGAAUAUCCAUUGCCCCCACCGAUGAGCUUCGGGAGGUCCCACGAGACGAAGAACGGCGCUUGCUAUGGAAGUUUGACACCAGAUUGCUGCCUCCGCUCGCGUUUAUGUAUCUAUGCAAUGCCCUUGACAAGGGAAACGUUGGCAACGCGAAAACAGACGGGUGGGACAAAGAUAUUCACCUCACGGGGAACCAGUACUACCUACUAGUGAUGGUUUUCUACGUCCCUUUCUGCUUGUUCGGUACACCUAUUAGUCUGGUCGUCAAGAAAUUCUCCGCCGCGCGAGUGCUGCCAAUGAUGAUGGUCGGCUUUGUGAGUGUUCUCCAUUAUCGUAAGAAGUCAAUAUUAGCAGCAGUUGCUACAAACUUUGGAGAAAUCUUUACCAUCCGGUUCUUCCUUGGUAUUUUCGAAUCUGCGAUGCUUCCGGGAGUGGUGUAUUAUCUGUCCACCUUCUACAAACGGAACGAGCUUGCCUCUAGGCUUGGUAUAUUCUACGCUGCUGCGUCUAUCGCUGGCGCGUUCUCCGGUUUGAUUGCCUUCGGCGUCUUUCACAUCCAUGAUUCCAAGCACCACGGGUGGCAGUAUCUGUUCUGGAUUGAAGGUGGAGGAAGCGUGCUGUUUGCGAUAUUUGCUUACUUUUGGCUGCCCCGCUCUCCCACUACAUGGAGAUCAUUAAACGAAAGAGAGAGGUCGUUGGCUCGGGCUCGUGUCUUGAAGGACUCCUCUGCAGAGGUUGACGAGCGUCUUGACAUCAGUCACGCCUUUGCUGCUUUCAAGGAUCCCAUGUACUGGAUUUGGGCACUGAUAAACCUAUCUUUCGGUGUCCCGUUAGCCAGCGUCAACAACUUCCUUCCGCAAAUCGUGGCUAGCUUAGGGUAUUCUACCGUCAAGACAAACCUUCUGACUGUGGCACCAAACGUGGCUGGCACCGUCGCACUGUUGCUCCUUACGUUCUCGUCCGACUACUUCAGGGAAAGAUCAAUUCAUAUCUGUAUUCCGUUGGUGGUGGGCAUCCUGGGGUUCAUCAUCCUUGGCGCAAUCAAUCCAUUAGAGCACCGACAAGUUGCGUAUUUUGCGACGUUCCUCUUGACGAUGGGGGCGUUCGCGCCAUCCGUCUUGGUCGCAACGUGGUAUUCCAACAACACGGCUGGCGAAUCCAGGAGAGCCGUCGUAGCAGCCAUUAUGGUUGCGAUCGCGAAUUCCGCGGGCUUGAUAUCCACGAACGUCUUCAGGGCUCAAGACGAACCUAGAUAUAUUCCCGGUAUGUCAUUAGCUGCCUUUGGAGGGCUUUGUCUGAUUCUCGUCUUGUCAGUUGGUGCUUAUAUGCGUUGGGAAAAUCGCCGUCGUAAUCACGUCCAAGGCAUCAACAUAACAGCAGCAGAUGUGGACACGAGCAUCCUGAAAGAGGGUCCAAGCUCUCCUAGUUUCCGAUACAUGUACUAG